AUGGCGCACCCGCCCGCCGACCGCCGCCCGCGCUCGCCGCGCGCCGACUGCGACCACCACCGCUUCCUCCGCCCGGGCGCGCUGGCCCGCCUCCGCGACUCCAAGAUCGUCGCCCGCUCCCUCCGCUCCGCCGCGCGGGCCCUCCCGCCCUCCUCGCCCCCGCCCCGCUCCCCCGCGCACCUGUCGCCCGCCGAGGGCGCCGUCCCGCACUUCUACUUCGGCGGGGCCGCCGCUAGCCCCCGGUACCCGCUCCGGAAGAAGCUCGCCGCGGCCAGGGGCGUCGUCUUCCUGCCCCCGCACCCGCCGCCCAUGUCGCCCGGCGCCGCGGAGGCCUUCCUCGGCGCGUUCGCGCUCGCCCCGUCGGACCUCCUCGCCGCGCACUAA